AUGAAAAUCCAUUAUAUUAAUAUAUUAUUGUUUGAGCUUCCAUUAAAUAUAUUGAUAUAUAAUCAAAGGAACCAUAAAAGCACUAACCUUCAUACACAAAACAAUAGAUCUUUAUGUGAAUGUGAAUUAUAUGCACCUGCCACCUAUGACGACGAUCCACAAAUGAAAGAAGUAAUGGUUAAAUUCAGUAAACAGACACAACAGAGAUUUCAUGAAUAUGACGAACGUAUGGUCGAAAAACGAAUGCAAUGUAAAGAUAAAUGCGAUAAAGAAAUUCAAAAAAUUAUAUUAAAAGAUAAAAUGGAAAAAGAAUUAAUGGACAAAUUUGCCACAUUACAAACUGAUAUACAAAGUGACGCCAUUCCAACAUGUGUUUGCGAAAAGUCGUUAGCAGAUAAAGUGGAAAAAGGUUGUUUACGAUGUGGGUAUGGUCUAGGAACUGUUGCACCAACAGUUGGAUUAAUUGGUUCAGUUGCUGUACAUGUGUGGAAACCUAAGGCACUUGAGGCCGCUAUUGCGAAAGCUAUAGCUGAGGGUACUGCUGACAUUGCGGCUGCCGCUGAGGCAGCAGGAAAAGCCAGAGGUAUGGAAUUUGUUAUUAAAGCAUUAAAACAUUUUGGUGUAGAGAAUUUUUUUCCUGGAAUAUGCGAUACUAUUUCUAGUACAGGCAAUUAUACUAAAGUCACAGAAUUUGUUAAUACUAUUUAUUCGAAAUAUAAUGGGACCUGUAACUUGAUGAGAUCUUCCAUUAAUCCGACUGCAUGCUAUACAAUUGAGACUGAACUAAGUAUAAAAACAGGAGGUGCUGGUACAGGUGAUCAUCCACCGCUAUAUGCCAUACGACAAAUGAUAAAAGGACUUGCUGAAGAAGCUACAGAAGCUGCUAAAGCCGCUGAGGCUGCUAAAAAUGCCAAGUUAACUGCUGCAAUAAAAGAAAAACAGACCGCUUUGAUAGAAGCUGGAUUUAACAGUUCCAUUACUUCUAUAAAUGCUUCUAUUAUAGCAAUAUUAAUUAUAGUUUUAAUUAUGGUAAUAAUUUAUUUAAUUUUACGUUAUAGAAGAAAAAAGAAAAUGAAGAAAAAACUCCAAUAUAUAAAAUUAUUGAAAGAAUAG